AUGCACUGUCUUGAAUUACUGUGCUUGUUACUGAACAUCUCGACGUGCGAUGGCCAAAGAGAGUUGUACGAUCAUUUGUUUAGCAACCACAGCGCCCUUGUCCGACCAGUAGCCAACGUCGUAACCCCAGUGCACGUGGCAGUGGGGUUUGGUCUGAUCACUCUUGAUAACCAUGACGAGAUACGACAAGUAUUCAUCAGCCAAGGCGUUCUGACCGUCACGUGGAGAGAUGAAACUCUCGUGUGGUCGCUUUUUGACUUCAACGUGACCAGGAUAAUCGUUCCAGCUAGUGCAUUAUGGGUACCAGAUCUGAUCAUCUUAAAUGACGUCACUAACAACGGCCACGUUCCCACAGAUGUGGUCAAUGUCGUGGUACACUACACGGGCGACGUCAUGUUGAGCAUAGGAGGUAGACGCGAAACAUACUGUCGUGUUGACGUCACCAAGUUUCCCUUUGACACUCAAGUGUGUCAGAUCCGAGUCCGACAAUGGGCGUCUAUCGAUUCCGAAGUACGAGUCACUCCAAAGUCCAGCAACAUAGAUCUGAGCGAAUACAAUGGAAACAAUGGCGAGUAUACCAUAGUGCACACGAACAUAACGACUGUGACCCAUGAGAAAAACCAUCAAACAGAACUGCGGUUUUCCGUGACAUUUACCCGAAAGAGUCUGUAUUACAUUCAACUAUGUGUUCUGCCUGUUAUCCUCCUGUCGAUUCUCAAUCUCGCAGUGUUUCUCGUCCCGAGCGAGAGUGGCGAGAAGAUGACCCUGGGCAUUUCAGUCUUUCUCUCCUACGCAGUAUUCCUCACCAUCAUCCACGGCUUUCUCCCUGAAAUCUCAGACACGAUCUCCAUAUUUGGCAUCUAUCUCAGCGUCAUGGUCUGCCUAAAGGUCCUGACCUUGUUACUCUCAGUCGCCGUCCUCAACAUACACCACAACAAAAGCCAACAGCCUCCGCCAUCUUGGACUUGCAGAACAAUGUCUUGGUACCCGACGCCAGAAACAGUAAAUAAUCCGUUUGUCAAUGACACCGCCGUCCACUGUGAGUCCUGGCAUGACGCUGCCCGCAAUGUGGAUCGAAUGCUUUUUUUCACAUUUUCUAUUGUGACAUUGACUGUCACAACUGGUUUCUUCUGCAGUUUCACCACAUAA